AAAGGAAAGUUAUGUUUUUUUUCAAUUUUCAUGCCCUACUGCGACGGGGCGCACCACUAACGAAUAUCCGGACAAAUAUUCAUGAGAAUAAUGCCAGCUGUGAGAGACAGAGGAUUGAUCUUCAUCACCGCAGUAGCAUGUUUGUUUAUCUGCAUCCUGUUCCAUGCACAAGGUGUUCCUGAGCUGAUAUGUCCUGGAAUAAUUGAGAUUGGAACCUCAGCUGUACUCAUCUGUUCUUCAUCUACUGCCAAUGCCGCCCUUCAAUUCACUGACCCUAAUGGAACUUUGAUUCAGUGUGACACGAAAAUGUCAUUUUGUCCCAAAAUUCAGGGUUAUAAUGCUUCAGUACUGAACGAAACUCAGACGCAAUUACAAGUAAACAAGGUCAAGCCAAGCCACGGAGGUAACUGGACAUGCAAGGAACUUGGUCAACCUAAUGACAACAAAGACGGAUGUUCCAUCACUGUCAGACGAGGAAAAGGUUUCCUAGUUCCAGUUGUCCUGGGAAGUGUCGGCUUCCUUAUCAUCAGCAGCAGCAUCCUGAUCUGUAUUGUGAAGAGAAACAGGAAGUCACUGCGUCCCUCCCUCGAGCACCAUAACACCGCAGAUGACGUGAGUGAAGGGGAUUCGAUCGAGUUAUCUGAGGAUCCAAGUGUUUCAUUGCGUGAUGAGGCCCUCAAUGGGGCGCUGAGAGAUGUUGGUGAAGAUGACGGAGUGUAUUCAUUGGCUAAGUAG